AAGGCAGCGGGCCAAUCAAACCCGCACUCGCGGACGUCACGGGGCCAACGUGACGCGCUGAUUGGUGGGAGCGGGGAGGGGGGACAGCCCUUGUCCUUUUAUAGACGACCCCGUACAGCGCGUAAAAGCUACUGGGCACCGCUGACAGCGCGGAGGUAGACGCAUAUUGGACACUGUACACUUCUGGCGACUCCAUUCCUCUGACCGGGCCACACGGAGGUGCAUGGCCCCAUUCCCUCGCGUCAUGAUGAAUCCUGUGCAGGGGUCUCCGUCCCAGGACGCCAAACAGCUUCAUCAGAAAGAGGAGACGGAUACUGAGAGCGAGGAGCCUAAAGACAUGACCACGGAGAAAGGAUACAAAACACAGCGGAGCAGCCUCCCGUUUAGCGUCGAGUCGUUGAUUUCUAAGAAGACCACCUGUCGGACUUCUUACUCCCCCACAGAUUUAGCUGUGGCCGGACAGGGCGUGCAGUUCUCUCCCAGGACUCUUUACGCGGAGAGCAAGGUUUCCGCGGAGAGCUCGCAGGGUGUUUCCAGUAGUUCCAGCGAGGACAGCCCGCAGUUUAGUGACAAAGAUCAGAGCACUUGGUUCCAGACGUCCUCCUUUUCUACUCCGCCUCGGAGCUCCAGUCCAACUCAGUGUACUUUAAGGAAACACAAAAACAACAGGAAACCUCGCACGCCCUUCACUACCUCCCAGCUGCUGGCGCUGGAGCGCAAGUUCCGCCAGAAGCAGUACCUCUCCAUCGCCGAGAGAGCCGAGUUCUCCAACUCUCUCAACCUGACGGAGACUCAGGUCAAAAUCUGGUUUCAGAACAGGAGGGCCAAGGCCAAGAGACUGCAGGAGGCCGAGCUGGAAAAGUUUAAACUGGCCUCCAAGCCCAUCCUGCCCGCCUUCGCGCUGCCGCUGCCUCUCGGUGCGCACAUGGGCUCUCCAACGUGGGGCCCGUCAAACGCCUUCCCGAGGCCCAGUCUGCCGGUCCCGGGACUCUUCAGCGGACCCGUCACUUAUGGGAUGUACUAUUUGUCUUAGUAGUACUCUGUCUGUAUGUGUGGUUUUAAAAUAGAGAGAAAAAAAAUCUUCUAUCAUGGUUGCAAUACACUUAUGAACGAGGAUGGUGCGUUUUCUACAUCUCGGACAUUUUUAUUUGGAGUUUAGAGACAUUUUCUAACCUCCAGAAUAAAAAAACAAUUAAUUUGGGGACACAUUUUGGUUUAUAAAUGUAUGCGUAAUUGGACUGAGUGAGUCCACUUGCUUUCCUCAUUUUAAGAAUGUUCUGUGGAUUGUGGAUUUACAGGCCUAAAUUACUGCGAGGCAACACUCCAAAAGUUAAAUGUCAGCUUUAUAAACGACAUGCCUUAAAUAUCUCGUUCCAGCCCAUCCACCGUGCUCCGCAGUAGUUUGUGACAGUGGACAUUUAAAAUACACGAUGAUCUACCAAACGAGGUUUAAAAGCAACAGAAAAGUACUUAAACGGUGUCAGUGCCUUAAGACCAGUGUAUCACUUGAAGUAUUUCUCCUCAUUCAACUGUUUCUGGGGGAAAAAAUUGCCCUUUUUUCCAGAUUUGCUGUUUGAAUGUUUGUGUUUUCUUACAGCAGACACGAUUUCUACAUUUUAUAAACAUGGAGCGAAAUUAUAUUUUAGAAAAACACGUGUAUUAGAUAUUUUUUUACUCUCACAACGUGGCCUUUAUGGGAGUGAUGAUAGAUUUUCUCUGAGGGAUUUUUUUUUUGCUGUAAAUGUAAAUAAAAUGUGUAGUGUUCAUAAAGCCCUGCAGCCUCGACUGAAGAGCAGCAGGAAAAUGUGGUAUUUAUUGAAUAUCUUUGUAUCUGUACUGUGUACAUACAUCACUCUAUCUAAAUGCUCAGUUACUUGUAAAAACUGAUUUUAGUAAAUAAACAUUAUUCAAGACCUGAAA